AUGGGCUCAGUUGCACCCAAGGGGAGCUGGUUAGGAACCGCAUCAUCUACAGUCGGCGUCGUCAUAUACCUGCUAUUAAACUGGUCCUACACCACGGCCGUCUUUACCGAUCCCGGUUCGACAACCAACCGCGACGGCUACGGCCUCUUGCCGACGACGACGCAGAACCACCACCCUCCGGCGACAUCCUUCACCGUCAAGAGCAACGGCGAGAUUCGCUUCUGCAAAAAGUGCCAGGCGCGAAAGCCGGACCGCGCACACCACUGCUCCACGUGCCGCCGGUGUGUACUCAAGAUGGACCACCACUGUCCGUGGCUAGCGACCUGCCUGGGUCUCCGGAACUACAAGGCCUUUUUGCUGUUUCUCAUAUACACGACGAUUCUGUGUGUCUACGCAUUCGCCGUGAGCGGCACAUGGGUGUGGUCGGAGAUAAUCGAAGAAGAUGUGGAGAAGCUGGACGCACUACUGCCCGUCAAUUUCAUAGUUUUGAGCGUCCUCAGCGGCAUCAUCGGCAUCGUGGUGGGCGUCUUCACAGGAUGGCACGUCAUGCUCGCACUCAAGGGGCAGACGACGAUUGAAUGCCUCGAAAAGACGCGGUACCUGUCGCCGCUGAAGCAGCCUUACCGGGCGGCGCACAAUCCCGCAAACCGGCUCCCGCAGGCAGCGCAGCAGUUUGUGGACUUUCACACAAACGCCCUGCCGGGGAUUACGAGGCCCGAGGAAGGCGAGGAGCGCAGACCGAGCAACGACUUCAACUACAGCCCGGCGGCAGCGCGGCGAGCACCAGGACCGCGAGACAGCCCUCAACCGGUGCAGCUGUCGUACGAGGAACACGAGAGGCUGCAGUCCCAGCGGCGGUACGAAGAGUACCUCGACGAGCAGGACUCGACAAAGCUUCCGAGCGCGUUUGACCUCGGGUGGAAGAAGAACCUUCGGCACCUGCUAGGGCCAAAUCCUUGGCUCUGGGCCAUCCCGAUAUGCAACACGACGGGCGACGGCUGGUCGUGGGAAGCGAGCCCCAAGUGGCUCGAAGCACGAGACCGCAUCAAGCGUGAGCGCGAGGAGCAGCGCGCAAGAGAAAUCAGCGCGGGCUGGGGCGGCCACGACGACGACACGGGAUACCCGUCAAAUCCAAAUCAAUGUACGCAGACAAGUGCCGCGGACAGGAACGCACCAAGAAAACUACUGGGUAAAGCAGACCGCGUGCUAGGGCGUGAUCCGAACCUGUACGCCGACGGCUCGCAGGGCAUGCGCAUGCAGCGCCUCUCAACGCGCGGCAGGUCGCUCGAAGACGAACUGCUGGACACGGACAACGACGAGGACGAGGACGAGGACGCCGGCAGUCCCAAGGCGAACAGCAGAGACAAGGCCGAGCGGCGAGCAUUGGACGUCGUCACCAACGGCAAAGCGUGGACGCGAGGCGGCGCAAGUGGCAUGCUGCGAAAGGCAACGCACAGCGGCUCUGCUGGCGGCGCGGGCCCCCUCGACGACCAAGGCGUAGACUAG